UUCUUAACAGCUGAAUGUCCUUGAGCAACAUACUUAACUUCUCUUUGUUUCAGUUUCUUCAUCAUUAAUUAUAAUAAUGGUACUUAAGUCUUGGGUUUAUUAAACAGAGUAUCAUUGAGUGAGCCUUCCAUAUGUACAAAGUCCUCUCUCAAGGGGAUUGGAAGAGAGGGGAGAGCUCAAGGCACAGGGAGAUAGAAACUAAGACAGACAAGUGAGUAGAUCUGAUCUUAUGAUGGAGCUCUCCAGCGAUUUUACCUCAGAUUGCAUUUGACUUAAAUAGUUCUUGAAACAUCUGGGCAAUUGGGAUAUGUCAGUGUUUGGGUCAUUUAGGGAUUGUUUCAAGGAUUCAUAAUCGGUCUUAAUCUAGUUUGAUUUAUUGAUUUCCCCCAAGCAACGUGAUGAGAGGGUACAUAAAAGAGAAAAGGUAGGGAGGAGGUGGGUUGUUCAGAUGGCUCACAAUUUAGCUACCUCUCUUGGUACUAAAAAUACUUGGCAGCUAAUCAAGCUCAGGUAUCUCCUAGGAGACUGAGUGGCCAGAUGGUGCAAAGGACUGUGCCUGUUCCUGCCAUGAAGGAGGUCCUGAUUCUAAGCUGAAGAAGAACAAAAGGAGAAACUGCAGCCACUGUAACAGCAAGGUCUAUGACAGCAAACCCUACAAGAGCAAGGAGCCCCAUGAGUUGGUGGGCAGCAGCCCCCACCGAGAGGCCAGUCCUAUGCCUGGUGCUAAGGACGCUGGGCAGGGCAAGGACAUGAUGGAAGAGGAAGCCCCAGAGGAGCGGGAGAACAUUGAGGCAACCCAGAGCAAGUCUGGCAGGACCACAAGAAAGGGAGAGAUGCCUGUUCCAGCAGGAUUGCCAGUGGGGAGUACUUUGCUGUCCCCUCAAGAAGUCCUUACAGAACAGCUCCUUCUGGAUGGCCCACCACCUCGCUCACCAGAAACUCCUCAGUUUCCCCCCAAAUCUGGAGCUGUACCAUACACUGUUAAGAGACACCAGGCUGGGCCUGACGUUCUCUCCUGCCCCAAGGCAUCCCUCAGACGUCAGAAAGACAGGGAGGGCCAAAAGACAGUGGGUGAGUCAGAGGCUUUGAUGCUGGUCUGGGAUGUCUCAAAAACUGAGAAAUUGCCUGGCACCGUUGAACCUUCUGCUUCCUUCUUGAGUCCUGUUUCCUCGAGAACCAGAGACUUAGAAAGAAGACAUAUAUCUGGGAAACUAGAUACUCAAGAGAGCUGGCUCCCCUCAAACAGAGCUGGGAUGAAGACAGCAGACGGGAUAUCCCCUGUCGAUGAAUCUUCAUCAGGAAUUGACAAUUCAGAAACUUCUCCCAAAGCCCCUGGAGGGGGUUUGGCCAAAGACAGUGGAAUACAGGGCAAGGGGUCAGAGGGGGAGCAGCAGCCAAAGACCACAGAAGCUACAGUCUGUGCCAACAACAGCAAGGUCAGCUCCACUGGGGAGAAGGUUGUCCUGUGGACAAGAGAAGCCGACCGUGUGAUUCUCACCAUGUGCCAGGAGCAAGGAGCACAGCCGCAGACCUUCAGUGUCAUCUCCCAGCAGCUGGGAAACAAGAGCCCUGCUGAGGUAAGUGGGGCUGAGGAAGCCCUGCUGGAGCUUCAAGCCCUGGAGGAGCCAAAGAGAAGGCCUGGCAAGAGGACAGGGUGGCCAACUAAGAGGCAAAGUCAAAAGAUGGAUUUGCAAAUUCAAGACACAAACUGGUUAUUAUAAAGGUCUGACUUAAGGAAGGGCUUGACUUGUCAGGGUGAUAAUGGUUCUAGAAGAAAAAGAACAUUAGAUUUUGAGGCAGAAGCCCCAAAUUUCCAUUCCAGUUUUGUUUUUAGGAGGAGUGUAACUUUGGACAAAAUAUUUAGUGUCUUUAGUUUUCUUAUCUAUAAAGACACAGCUGUCACAACCUUGCUGUGUGGAAUAAAUAAGGGUAUGGUAGUACACACUUAUAGUCCAGCUACUCAGGAGGCU